AUGAAGGUGAUCGAGAACCGCGCCCUGAAAGACGAGGAGAAGAUGGAGCUGCAGGAGAUCCAGCUGAAAGAAGCAAAGCACAUCGCAGAGGAGGCCGACCGCAAUAAAUGUGCUGAACUGGAGGAGGAGCUGAAAACUGUCACCAACAACCUGAAGUCUCUGGAGGCCCAAGCUGAGAAGUACUCCCAAAAGGAGGACAAAUAUGAGGAAGAGAUCAAGAUCCUGACGGACAAACUGAAAGAGGUAAGCAGAGAAAGAAAGGAGGGAUGA